GCCACCCGUUCAUCAUGACCGUGGGUGACCCCCAGUGCCCCAUCCCAGUGCCAUCCCAGUGCCAUACUGGUUCCAUACUGGUCCCUAACUGGUCCCAUACUGGUCUCCCCCCAGGCCACCCGUUCAUCAUGACCGUGGGCUGCGUGGCGGGGGACGAGGAGUCCUACGAGGUGUUCAAGGAGCUUUUCGACCCCGUGAUCCAGGACAGGCACGGGGGGUACAAACCCACGGACAAGCACAAAACUGACCUCAACCACGAGAACCUCAAGGGGGGCGAGGACCUGGACCCCAAGUACGUUCUGAGCAGCAGGGUGCGCACGGGCCGCUCCAUCAAGGGGUACUCGCUGCCCCCCCACUGCAGCCGGGGCGAGCGCCGCGCCAUCGAGAAGCUCUCGGUGCAGGCCCUGAACAGCCUGGACGGGGAGUUCAAGGGCCGGUACUACCCCCUGAAGGCGAUGACGGAGCAGGAGCAGCAGCAGCUCAUCGACGACCACUUCCUCUUCGACAAGCCCGUGUCCCCCCUGCUGCUCGCCUCGGGCAUGGCCCGCGACUGGCCCGACGCCCGCGGCAUCUGGCACAAUGACAACAAGACGUUCCUGGUGUGGAUGAACGAAGAGGAUCACCUCAGGGUCAUCUCCAUGCAGAAGGGAGGCAACAUGAGGGACGUUUUCCGCCGCUUCUGCGUCGGCCUCAAGAAGAUCGAGGAGAUCUUCAAGAAGGCCGGGCACCCCUUCAUGUGGACCGAGCACCUGGGCUACAUCCUGACCUGCCCCUCCAACCUGGGCACGGGGCUGAGGGGAGGGGUCCACGUCAGGCUGCAGCACCUCAGCCAGCACCCCAAAUUCGAGGAGAUCCUCAAGAGGCUCCGCCUGCAGAAACGGGGCACAGGGGGGGUGGACACGGCUGCGGUGGGCGCGGUGUUCGACAUCUCCAACGCGGACCGCCUGGGUUUCUCGGAGGUGGAGCAGGUGCAGAUGGUGGUGGACGGAGUGAAGCUGAUGGUGGAGAUGGAGAAGAAGCUCGAGCAGAAGCAGCCGAUCGACGACAUGAUCCCCGCGCAGAAAUAG